CCGCGCCAUAUUGUAAGAUUAGCUUGCGGGCUUGUGAUGUCGUUUGUUGUCCGUAUCAGGGGUCUUCCGUUCUCAGCGAAUGCGGAUGAUAUAAUCAGUUUUUUCAACGAUUGCAGGAUAAGAGGUGGAAAGCGUGGCAUAUAUUUUCCUCAAGGGUCUAAUGGCCGUUCUAAUGGAGAAGCUUUCAUUGAACUGGAAAGUAGAGAUGAUAAACAGAAAGCCAUGACUCAUCAUAAUGAACAUUUGGGUCGCCGUUAUAUUGAAGUAUUUGACUCAUGCUCUGAGGAAUUGAAUAACGCUAUGGGAUGCAGACCUUUCAACUCGCCAAAUCGGAGGGAACAUGUUGUUAGGUUACGUGGUCUUCCGUACGAUACUGAGAAAAAGGAGAUAUAUGCCUUUUUUAACGGCCUGGAAAUAGCUCCCAACGGUAUCGGGUUAUUGGUGGAUCAUAUGGGUCGUUGCACGGGGGAAGCGUAUGUCCAAUUCACAUCUUCUGAAAGUCUAGCUCGGGCAAAGGAGAAACAUAUGGAGAAGAUAGGGCACAGAUACAUUGAAAUAUUUGAAAGUACAAUGAUGGAGGCUAACACGACCAUACAGCGCCAAAUGGAAAUAAAUCAAAGCCGUGCUUCCAGUCGAGGACCGAUGUUCGGUCGAGGAAGUCGUGAUGGUCAUCCCGGUGGUACGGGUCAUCAUGGAGGUUCCCGAGGAGGAUAUGAUGCGCCCCCGUUUAGUCCAAACGGGUCAGGUCCAAACAGAGGUCCAGUUCCAGGAAGAUUUACGCCCUAUGGUCGACCACCACAUGUUUUCGGACACCCGGGAUACAGUUCUCCUCCCAGAGGCUUCGAAGGACCUUCUCCCUCAAAAGGAUCUAAUUUCGGGCCACCCGGACAUUACGAAUAUGAUGAUCCACAAAGUUUGACUGGGCAUUCUGUUCGUAUGAGAGGGUUGCCAUACUCAGCGACCAAAGAGGAUAUUAAUCGUUUCCUUUCUCCUUUACAACCAGUCAACAUUCGGAUAAAAUUCAAUGCGGUAAGUUGCCGUCAUAAUUCCUAGUUACUUUCUUUCCUUGUGUCUUAAUAACAAAUCUCUUUUUUAUAUUUUAGGCUAAUCGGCCCACCGGAGAGGCAGUUGUGGAUUUUGCCAGUCAUGAUGAAGCGAAGGAGGCAAUGAAGAAGGAUCGUGAAAAAAUUGGGCCUCGUUACAUCGAACUUUUCUUAGCAUCCACCCCUAAGGGAAUCUCUCCUUCGUCUCGCAUAAAUAACAAUGCACCAGUUCCUAGUCGUCGAUCUCCUGUCCACAGUAGUAGAGGCCAUCAAGGGUCACAAUACGCCAACUUUCCUCCUCAGCAAUAUGAAUAUGAUGAUAUAAAUUAUGCGGAAGAUGUAGGGUACAAUUCAGGUCCAAGUAGACCAGAUUUUAAUCAGCCAUAUGAUAGUUUUCACAACGGCACGAGUGUAAGAGGACCAAUCAGGCCUUCAGGAGAUGGUUAUUCAGACUACAGAUAUCGUCAAGGAAAUCACUAUUGAACAUGAGAUAUUAUUUUACAUGUACUUUAC